AUGGCGGCACGCUUCCUGUUCGUGAAAGGUGGCCGCCGGUCUCUGGUAUUUAUAGAAGAUGCAGGACACAUCUGGAUCACUCGAAUGUCGUUAUCAUCAUCAUGCAUCCUGUUGUUCUUCCGCCAGAGCCUACCUGGGGUUCACGUCCGCAAGCAGUACUCUUGCCAAGCAAACUGUGAAGAUUUCCUCGAGAUUCGCCUUUUGAAUGUCUCUUUGAUGGUCCAGAACGCCAGCGCCCUCAUCAGUAUUGGUUUUUUAGUUGAGCCGUACAGACGGUCUCAAGUGGCUAUUGGUGCUACUUGA